CUGGCGGGAGUUGCUGGAAGCGUUUAGGGGGCGUAUUGGGAGGCGGCCGCUGGCCAAUGAUCAGGAGCGCUGCUCUCAGCUGGCAGGCAUUUAAAUGGGAGACAGCGCGGUGCGCCUGCAAUUCGGAAGCGGGACACGGGCUUUUCUUGCCUCUCCUCCCGAUGGGCUCGAGGGACAGGGAGCAGAGCACCAGCACCCCGAGCCGUCGCCCAGCGCACUGAAGCGCCCCACGCCGGAAAGGAGCCGCGGAGCAGGGAUCGCUCUCCGCCCCCGCGCAGGAUGAGUCGCACAGUUUCUACAGUUGGUGUCCUCCUUCUGCUUGGACUUCUACUACCCACCACAGAGGGGAGGAAGAGGAACCGUGGAGCCCAGGGCGCCAUCCCCCCGCCUGACAAAGAUAAGCCCAAUGAUUCGGAACUAACGCCACAGCAGCAGCAGCCGCCAUCGCCACCGCAGCAGUCGGGCGCCAGAAUCCGUGGCAAGGACAGAAUCAAGCCUCCAUCUGCUGAAGAGGUGCUGGAGUCGAGCCAAGAGGCUCUGCAUGUCACUGAGCGACAAUACCUGAAGCGGGACUGGUGCAAGACACAUUCCCUGAAGCAAACCAUCCACGAGGAAGGCUGCAACAGCCACACCAUUAUCAACAGGUUCUGCUAUGGGCAGUGCAAUUCCUUCUACAUCCCCAGGCAUAUCCACAGAGAAGAAGGCUCCUUCCAGUCCUGUUCCUUUUGCAAACCUAAGAAACUCACCACCAUGUCUGUCACACUGAACUGCCCAGAGCUUCAGCCCCCGAGGAAGAAAAAGAGGAUCACGCGAGUUAAAGAAUGUCGCUGUAUAUCCAUAGACUUGGAUUAGGAGGCACCCUGAUGGGUGCUCUAGUUGUUGCCCUUGACUACAAACCCGAUCUGCCUGAAUGGGACACAAACAAUAGAGAAUUGCAACAAAAACAAUGUAUGUGUAUCUGUGUGCAAGUGUGAAUGUCAAUACAUCAAUUACAAAAGCAUGCAUAUGGAAUAGCACCACUACUUGGAGUGCAAGUUGUCACCUAUUUCUAGGGUCAGUAUCUCACUAGUUCACCUGUGUGCUGGGGUUCCUGCUCUUCCAUUUUCCACCAGCGUCUGUGCCAUUGACUUGUGCACCUGUUGCAAGUGAGAGCAUUGAUGUGCACUAGGUCCAGUGUUAUUUCUUAGAACAAAAUGUUAACAGGGAUGCAGUAGUGGACUGUUACAGAAAUGCCCCUUGUAAAUAGUGUUCAAUAAAGGGUGCAAUUAUAAUUGGGAAUGAAUGUUCAGAAGCAGCUUUGUUUGGAUGGAAAAACGCAGCCACUAGUAUUAGAAGACUUUUUUUUAAAGGCAAUGGGCAAGAGAAGGAAAAAAUGAGAAAGUACAAGAAUUAAGAGCAACAAGGGAAGGCAAUGUGCAUAUUGACUCUACUGAUGCUUUGAAUGUACUUUAAAAACAUUUUUAAGAAGUAAUUGUUUUCGGAUGCUGCAUUCUUUGACUAUAAGUGUGGUGUUUAAUUCCAUCAUUAGCUUUUAGGUUUGCCGUAAUAAUUUGUCGUAAAAUCUGUUAAUGUAUAUGUGUACACAUCUUUUCUGUCUCCAUUAUACUAUCAGGUAGUUCAGCUUAACACAGAAAGCACAAUUCUGCAAUGAUCGUUUGGGACUUCAAAUGCAAUAAGCAUACAAAGCUAUAUCAGAGCUUCAAUGGGAGCUGUGUGAUAGAUGCUGCUUAGUCUCUGGCUCAAAGGAUGUACUGCCUUGCCCAUUUACCUUCCAUUUACCCAUGUUAUCUUAGAUUUUGGAUUUGCUAAACUUUAGGUGCUGUUGGGGGAUGGGAUGGGUGUGUGGCAGAGUGCUCAGACUUUCCUUCAGCAUUUACUGAAUAUAAGGGUCUUUUCUUUGAAUAGCUCUUGAACAGUCCGUUCAUGUGUAAACAUGUAGCAGUAAUAUAUGGUGAAUAUUGCCUUUUGUCAGAACAGAACAUCAGCCUUGAGAGCGAAAAAUGGUUUUAAAGUGUAAAAUUCAUUAUGUAUUAUUAUUACAUGGUUUGUAGCUGAAUUCAUCUUUGACCAGUUCCCCCUAUGUAUUAUAGGAUACCACCUCUGUUUCCAUCCCCAUUGUAAACCUCUGGCCUUUAUUUAUAUUGUUGAAGCGCCCGGACAGAUAGACUGGCUUUUGAAAGUAUAGACACAUUAACCAGCUGUCUAUGCACAGUAGGCAAUUUCUGGUUCAUGCCACAAGGAGAGGACAGGUAUUUAUAGAAAUAAAACACUUAUUUGUCUGUAACAACGAGGAGCCUGCCAAUAAUGUGUCUGCUUAAUAAGCAAAUGUAUUAAUAUAAGAAGCAUUCUGGCUCUUGACAUAUCACACAGUCAUCAAAUAUACCAUAAUAAAACAACCCAUAUUUAUAACCUAAACUAUCCAUUUAUCAUUUAACUGUAUUGGUGCUUGUUCCAUCUUUUGAGGAAAAGUCAACAACUGUUUUUCUUGUUCUUUUUAAAUGUUUCAUCUUGUUUUAGAGGCUAUAGCUGUAUCCUCUAGUUACUUAUUCAUCUAUUAAGUUGUAGUCCCUUGCAUAACAAUUAGGGGAUACCUCUUUAUAUAAAAACCCCCAAUUCACUGGGACCUUGACAAGCAUGAUUUAAGCAUAGCUAGAUGCCUGUCAGCAUCCUUUCACAUGCAAAUUUUUUUUU